UUCCAGUGCUCCAUUGAGGACCCCACCAAGCAGACCAAGUUCAAGGGCAUGAAGAGCUACAUUGCCUACAAGCUGGUGCCCAGCCACACCGGGCAGCAGGUGCACCGUCGCUACAAGCACUUUGACUGGCUCUACGGGCGCCUGGCUGAGAAGUUCCCUGUCAUCUCCGUGCCUCACUUGCCUGAGAAGCAGGCCACCGGCCGCUUUGAGGAGGACUUCAUCUCCAAACGUCGCAAAGGCUUGGCUUGGUGGAUGGACCACAUGUGCAGCCACCCUGUGCUGGCUCAGUGCGAUGCCUUCCAACACUUCCUCACCUGUCCUAGCACGGACGAGAAGGCCUGGAAACAAGGCAAGCGCAAGGCUGAGAAGGAUGAGAUGGUAGGUGCUAACUUUUUCCUGACCAUCAGUGUCCCCACAGGCCCUGGGGCCAGCCUGGACUUGCAGGAGGUGGAAAGCCAGGUAGAUGGCUUCAAAGCCUUCACGAAGAAGAUGGAUGAGAGUGCCCUGCAGCUUAAUCACACGGCCAACGAGUUUGCCCGCAAACAAGUCACUGGUUUCAAGAAGGAAUACCAGAAGGUGGGGCACUCCUUUAAGUGCCUCAGUCAGGCGUUUGAGCUGGACCAGCAGGCCUUUUCAGCUGGCCUCAACCAAGCCAUAGCCUUCACUGCAGAAGCCUACGAUGCCAUCGGGGACCUCUUUGCAGAUCAGCCACGGCAGGACCUAGAUCCCGUGAUGGAUUUGUUAGCGCUGUAUCAGGGGCAUUUGGCAAACUUUCCAGACAUCAUCCAUGUCCAGAAAGGAGCCCUUACCAAAGUAAAGGAGAGUAAGCGGCAUGUGGAAGAGGGGAAGAUGGAGCUCCAAAAAGCUGAGGGCAUUCAAGAACGCUGUAACAUUAUUUCUUUUGCGACCCUAGCAGAAAUUAAUCAUUUCCACAAAAUCCGUGUGAGGGACUUUAAAUCACAGAUGCAGCAUUUCUUGCAACAGCAAAUACUCUUUUUUCAAAAAGUGACACAAAAGCUAGAAGAAGCUCUUCACAAGUAUGACAGUGUUUAAUCUCUGAACUUUGGUUUGUGGACUUCCCUCAGCAUGAACGUGACCCAGGCAGCAGAGCAAAUGCUGCUGCUGAAGAACUGUUGCCAGUGGCAUUCGGUGGUACAAGGAUGGUUUUGUGCUCACCUGGAACACCGGUUUAAUCUCCAAUUAUGUAGAAAGGAAACAGUUAUAGGGCUAUGUAGUAGAAACAGUACCACGCAUUGUAACUAAGUUAUACUGUGUAUGCCUACACUACCAUUGUAACUUUUUUGAAAUAAUGAGUAUACUAUUUGCCUUAUUGCUUUUUAAAAUAUGGUAUUUUAGUGCAUACUUUGUAGACCUCAAAACCCUUUGGGUCUUUAAGGAAGUUGGCUAGAUAAAAGCCUGCUUCAGAUGCCUUUUCACUUUCCUAGAUUUGGAUUUCCUAAAUUCAAAUGAUUCUCUGUUUACAGACUCCUACUAGAGCAGCUAUGUGAUUCUGUGCCUUUAGACUCUACUCUAUUUUUCCUUUUCUAGUAAGUCACAUUUUUAUGAUUGAA